AUGAAUUCAGACUGGAAGAGUCAUAGUCCGGUAUCUGCAACAUUGUUGCAGCCGUCUAAAUGGCUUACUCUGUAUGAAGACUUUGUGAUGAAGAAUGCUAGCUCCGUGGGUCAAGUCGAGUCUGCAUUGAGAUCUCUCACAUAUAUUAUUCCUGGGCGGUAUCGAGACUCCGAGAUAUCAUCAGAAUCAGUCCAUUCUGGCGUUCAACUCCUUUCGCUCUAUCAUGAUAGCCUCGUCUCCCGGGUCGUUGCGAGACUUCCUUCAACAGUUCCGCGGCCGGCACCAACACCUCAUUCUCGGUAUACAAAAUAUUGGAUAUCUCAUUCGGCUCUUUAUCAUCAGGUUGCUCUUACGCUUCAGAUGGUACGAUACACCGAAUUGCUCUGGGAGAUGAUCGCGCGACGUCGAGGUGAAAAAGUACGCUGGCGCGUCGUUGUUCUCAUCGAAAUCAUCAAAGCGACAUGUCGCCUGCUUCUACUGCGCCUCACAAAUUCUAGGCCGCUGGUCAGUCCACCGUUACCUGAGCGCGAGGUAGAUCCUAGGUCUACGGAGGAAGAAGAGAGUGAUUGGAAUGGGAUGCAGACACCCGUCAGUGAGCGGUCCGCGGACUUGAGCUGGACUAUGCCGCGCACUGGAUUAGCGCUUCCUUCUCUACCCGAUGCCAACGACAUUUCCAACUUCCUCAUAUCCAAAGUCUUAACAGCCGAUGAUAUCAAGCCGCCGAAGGCGCUGUUGCACCGUGUCAGUGGUCAGGGCCAAUUAGCAGAAGUGCUGUACAUCCUGCGGCCGGUCAUCUAUGCACUAGCGCUACAAAGAUGGCGGCGGGACAAGAGAAGCUGGAGGCCCUGGUUGAUUGGCUUUGCUAUGGAGUAUGGUUGUCGUCAACUUGCCAAAUCCGAUUUCCGCGAGCGGGUGGCAGGAGGCCUUCGUGGCCUCACAGGGCUUGAACGGGAGGAAAUGAGAAAGCGAGGCUGGGCCAUGGGCUGGUGGCUUAUGCGCGGUGCAUUCUAUGAGAACAUUACCAAGUCGUGGCUAAAGGGGUUGACCAGCAAGAUGAAAGGUAAACCACUGCUUGAUUUGGUAGGGAGCGUCAUCGAAGACUAUGAAUACUUAUGGGAGAACUUCUAUUUCUCUACUGCAAUGCUGUGA